AUGUCAGUUGAAGGCCCAGCACCCCAAGUUUUGCAGGAACAAUUGUCGCACGUUUACGACAUCCAUACGCGUCAUAAUCUACAUCCACCAUCUAAGCAUGAAGAGCACGGGAACGUGAGGUUGAGCGACGAAAUACUCCGCUUCCUAGAAAGCGUCGAGGAGAGUGUAGACUUAAUUCUUCAAAGACCCGUUUUGCGCCCUUCCCCAGUUGAUGAAACCCUUCCAUUGACGCAUUACUUCAUUUCAUCCUCUCAUAAUACUUAUCUGCUCUCACGACAACUGGUGGGAAAAUCGUCUGCCGCAUCUUACACUCAUGUUUUAGGCAGGGAUGGGCGCUGCGUAGAAAUUGAUGUUUGGCCCUCAUCCGGAGGCUUGGUCGUAACACACGGGUAUACAUUUAGCAAAGGCGUGUCAUUUUCUUCAGUUUGCGAGGCAAUUGGUGAAGCUGCAACUCCUGGAUGUUGGCCCAUUUUUGUGAGCCUCGAGUGCCACGUCGAUGUUGAUGGUCAACAGGAAAUGGUCAAGCAAAUGCGCAGCGCGUGGGGGGACAAACUCGUCAACGGAAAAGUUGAGGGUGUUGAGGAUGAAAAAAUAUCUCCGUCGGAUCUGCGAGGAAAGAUUGUGCUUAUGGUUGAAUACUAUCCAGCAUUGAUAUCAGGCACAGGGGAAACCGAUGAUACUGCUUCAGUCGCUUCGGAAUCCUCCGGGGAAGAGGAGGGUGAGGUUGCAGAAACCGCUGUGGACAAGAACAAGAUGAUGCCCAAUCGUAUUUCAGAGGAACUCGCUGAGCUCGGAUAUUAUGCCCGAAGCAUAAAACCAUCAAGGGGAUGGCUUUUACAAAAAAUAUCUUCGCCUGCACACGUUCUGAUCAACAUCUCGGAAUCUGCAUGUCUGUCUUUAAUCCCUACUUCGUUUGCAUCGCUUGUAGAUCAUGGCUCCAGACAUCUUCGUCGCAUCUACCCCAAAGGGACUCGCAUAGGAUCAAGCAACUUUAAUCCACUGAUCUUUUGGAGAAAUGGAAGUCAGGUUGCGAGCUUAAACUGGCAGGUGUAUGAUCUAGGCAUGCAAGUCAACGAAGCGAUGUUUUGUGGUACUUCUGGAUGGGUGGCAAAACCUGUCGCAUCUAGAAAGAGGCUUGAUGACGAGUAUAACUUGCCUGGUGGUAGACAAAAAUUAGUGGUCGACAUUGCUGGCGUCAGCUCCUUACCAGCCCCUAAUGGUCGAUCGGGGAAGUCCUUCUCCACUUACAUACGGGCACAAUUGCUUCAUGGAAGCAAAGACCUCAUGUGGCGCUCGAAGACGCACAAAACCAAACAUCAUCCUGAGUAUGGUGCUGAUGUCUUAUGGAACACUCAGUUCGAAUGGGAGUUUGAAUCCGAUGAAAUGGCCUUCAUAAGGUUUGUCGUAUUCGAAGAUGAGUUUGGUAUAGAUGACAAGAUAGCGGUGUUUUGCGCCCGAAUCAACCACCUAACCCUGGAUGAGUGGGUUUUGGUGAGACUAAUGAAUAUGAAAGGCAAAAAUUCGGGUGCGACAGUACUUGCAAAAUUUUCCUUAUCCCCCGUUCAGUAA